AUGACGCCUCCACAGAUGAGUGAGAUUGUAACUCCCUUAUCACCCGCUAUAAGAAAAGCUCUCGAGCUGCACCCGGAUAAAAACUAUGGCAAUGUCGAAGCUGCAACGAAACUGUUUGCAGAAAUCCAAACUGCAUAUCAAGUUCUCUCAGAUCCUCAGGAGCGCGCAUGGUAUGAUACUCACAAAGAUGCAUUUUUGAGUCGCGAUGGGCAGCCAAGUAGUAGCGAAUACUGCUAUGAUAGCCGUAUGACAACCUCUGGUGACAUCUUGAAGCUGUUCUCCAAGUUCAGUCCUCGAAUGGAAUUUUCGGAUUCUCCAUCUGGAUUCUUCGGCGGCCUUCGAGCAGUAUUUACCCGGCUUGCCCUCGAGGAAGAAAUGGCAUGUCGCGCAGACAAAUUGGAGUUUGUCGACUAUCCGACUUUCGGGUCACAAAGUGAUACUUUCGAAGACGUCGUACGGCCCUUCUAUGCCGUCUGGAGUAGCUUUUCAACCAAGAAGUCUUUCGCCUGGAAAGAUAUUUACAGAUAUUCCGAGGCUCCAGAUCGUCGCGUGCGCAGAUUGAUGGAGAAAGAAAAUAAGCGAUUGAGAGAGGAGGGUAUCCGCGAAUUUAACGAAGCUGUCAGAUCACUUGUGGCUUUUGUUAAAAAGAGGGAUCCGCGCUAUAAAAGUGGCAUCCAAAGCGAAGCCCAGCGCCGGGAGCUCCUCCGUCAAUCUGCCGCUGCACAAGCUGCCAAAUCAAGAGCAGUAAAUCAAGCAAAGCUGCGUGAGCAUGUUAUACCUGACUGGGCGAAGUCAGAAGAGGCUGAGGAAGAGAAUCCGGAUAGUUCGGGAUCUGAACUCGAGCAAUUCGAGUGCAUCAUUUGCCGGAAGGCUUUCAAGAGCCUGAACCAAUUCAGCGCGCACGAACGUAGCAAGAAACACGUCAAGGCUGUCAAACAGCUUCGCUGGGAGAUGAGAGCAGAAAAUGAGUCCCUCAAUCUUGACCAGUGUAUGGCACCGUUCAGUGACCAUGCUCAACUAGAGCAAUGCAACGACGACUCAGCAGCUUUCUUCUUCGGCCAUGAAGAGAGUGGUAAGGUCCAAGGUGGACGCAAUGCUGAUGCUGAUCAAAACAUUGCACCCAUCAUGGAAGACAGCGAAACCAUUCUCAAUCCCACAGGCUCGGUCGAUGUCUCACAGAGGGCGGACGAUGCUCUUGAUUUACUAUCUCAAGAAUUGGCGGCCUCCGGCUUGGGUCAGAGUCCAUCGACUGAUAUAAAAAAGAUUGGCAAAGCCAAACAGAAACGUGCUCGAAAGGCGGCUCAGCAGGCUCUGGGUCACUCUCCCGAAUUGAUUUGUACCGCCUGCAAUGCUGCGUUUCCAUCCAAAACUCAGCUUUUUACACAUUUGAGGAAGUAUGACCAUGCCCAGCCCCCAGUCAGUUAG